GCAUACCACAAAACCUCUCCUUGGCCGCUCCAGCUUUUCACAUUUAUGGACACAAAUUGCCCUGCCAGAUCAAGUACAGCACCAGGCGGCUUGAAGGGUUUGGGCUCACAGAUGGGGAAGGAAUGGAAAGGCUGUGGUCUUUCCUCCGAAGAUUUGCCAGAGUCACAAAGGAGAUGACUCCAUCUCACCGCCUUGACCUGCUGACUGAUGCCCUUUUACAUUAUGGACGGAGGAAAUCAACUGACCUGGAGGUCCAGCUCCUGCAAAGAUUAGACAGAGCAGAGAAAAUAUCAAUUCUCGCUCAAGAAGACAUCUCAUCUGUCAUCAGAGAGGCACCAGUGUUGGUUUCUGAGCGAGACAUGGAGAGAUGGAAGAAAAGGGAGAUCGAACUAGCCCAACAGAAACAGAAACCAAUACACACUGUCUGUAGAUGGAAAAGGGACUACAUCACCAAUCUGAUUCAGUUUUACAAGUUCAAAUCUGGAACUCGUGAGUUGUACAUGGAGGAUGGAACAGAAAUUGAGAACUCUCUGCUGAACAUUGAAACAAAAACACCCCGCAUUGGGAGAAGAUGGAAAGAAUCUGAUUUAGACUUCCAGUCUACCCUUAAAGAUGUUGACAGUGACCUCAGAGGCCAACUUAAAUGCAAGGCAAGAACUGAAUCAAGGGAGAGAGCAGUCCUCCUCCAUCUGAAAAGAAAAUAUCCAGAUGGGCAGGGCAUUGCCAUUAGACUGUCCAAGCAGGUAGCCAACUCCAACAAGAGACUGAGACAAGCAAUCAAGGAAUACAACAGUAUUCAGUGGCCACCGCAGAUGAGCAUCUUCCCUGCAACAAUUGAUUUUCAGGAAGCAUGCGAUCCCUCUUGGCCUGUCUACUUCUGCUCUGAUGAAACUAUUGAAGAAGAUGAUGUUUCAAGGAGUCUGAAAAGGCGUGGAAUUGAUGCCUUACAUAUGAGGACACGGGCAGCUGAGGAAAAGCACAUGCUUUACAAGGAAAUGAGAACUGUAACUGAACACCUCAAUCAGCAGCAUGCCUUUCUGUGCUCUGCCAUCAAUGACACAGAGCAGCCUGGUGCAAAAGCUGCUCUAAUCCAACGUCUCAAACAGCUGGAAAGAAAGCUACAUCAUGCCACUGUGAUGUUUCACCAACAUGUACCAGACAUUGUUCCUGCAACAUGUAGUUAUGUCGUCCCAGAAACCCCCUACCUGUCUCAGGACCUCCCCAUGUCAAGCAUACAGACACUGGUAUAUGAUGAUGAUGAUGAUGAUGAUGAUGAUGAUGAUGAUAAUGACAGCAACUAGCACUGUAAGCACUCAUGACUAGGGCUGGUUUGCUGCUUCCUGGUUUUUAAUGAAUAGUUUGAGCAAGCUUGUAUGCUUUGCUAUUUAUCAUUCAAAAUGUCUCCUUAAUUCAGCGCUAACCAAAAUUCAACAAACUGACAGUUUAGGUUCUGUGUGUUUUCAUUGUAACUGAUCUGGAUCUAAUUGAUGCUGUGUUGCUGAUUAGUUGAUUAGUCUAACUGCAAAAAGUCCAUGUUUGUUUUUCUUGAGCUCUGAACUGUCCUGCCAAUGUGAACCAAAAAAAAAAAUUUAAACAAGCUGUUUUUUGGACAAUAAAUAAACACUUUUUUGUAGAAGCUGCUGUCUAAGUAACUUUUUAAAGCGUUGUUGUACUCAAUGUAUA